CGCUCUCUCUCACUGUCUUAGCUCUAUAUAUCAGUCUCUCGUGAGAGAGACAUAAUUCUCACUGAGAAUUAGUCUGAAGUUUUUGCUCAACACUUUCAUUUAGCCUCCAGUUUUACAAUCACUGGUUUCCCAGUCCUCUACACCACACAUACCAGUGCUCUCUCACACUCACUCACUCGCACACACACAUACUACUAGUCCUUAUUCUCAAUGCCUUUAUUUAAAUAUCUAUUUAUAUAAUCACUAUUUUCCAAGAAUUGUAUGUUUUCUUGUGUACAUAAAACUCCCCAAACGGACAGUGAGGCUAAGCCAUGGCAUCCCUGUCCACUGAGCGCCCGAACAGUGCGUUCGCCACAAAUGAUAGUCAUUUAGAAGUCACAUAUUUGUCGCCAAAACGGGAUUUACUUAUAUAUAAAGACCUGCCGAGAGAGUGGCCGACACCUCAUCGCCGCCAUCACUCAUCGGCAACACAUCACCGAAACUGUUCCACAACUGCACCAAAGUGUUCGCCAAAUACUUGCGCCAAAACUAGUAGUCAUUACCACAAUAACAACGAUAACCGCCACAAGACUAACGCCAAUAGCGGCGGUGAUCGCCGUAAAAGUGUUGUACCGAUAGUUAUAUUCCUAUUUUAUUACACCAUAUACUGUGCGUUAGUGACCACAUGUGCGCACAGCCAACAGCACCACCAGACGGAUCAAAACUAUUACAAUCGGCUCAUCGGGGGAACGGGCGGGGGUGUGAACCAACAGCCGGGCCAAUCGCUGGCCGGUGCCGGCGCCGCCACAAACGACGAGUCGAGCCGGUGCUACGACUCACGCAAUCGGCCGCAACGGUGUGUCCCGGAGUUCGUGAACGCCGCCUAUUUGGUGGCCGUCGAGGCGACCAACACGUGCGGCCAGUCGUCCGGCGGGCCCCUCGAGUACUGCGUGCAGACGGGCGCCACCGGCUCGUCGAAGAAGACGUGCGAACUGUGCGACGCCAGCAAUAGGUCGUCGCAACACCCGGCCAUGUAUUUGACGGAUUAUAACAACAAUAAUGAGCAGACGUGGUGGCAGUCGGAGACCAUGUUCGAGGGCAUCCAAUACCCCAAUCGCGUCAACCUUACCCUCCAUUUAGGUUUGUGGCCAUGA